AUGUAUACUUCAUCAUCAUUAUUUUUCCUUCUUCUUCUUUCCAGAUAUGAUCUUAACUAUGGUUGUAGUAUAUCACGACGUAAAUGUUGUGACCUUAUACCACAUUAUUUACCCGCGACUGCAUUUAAUCCUGGACAUAAUUUAACACGUCGAUUUCAACAACAAUCCAGUUAUUGGCCAAAUGUUAAAUGGUUUUUUUUCAUCACUUCUAAUGGUUUACACACAGAAUAUCCAGCGCAUAAUUUUCAAUGUACUACUACUACUAUACAACAAAAUACAGAUUAUGCUAUGAAUAUUCAAUCUUAUUCUGAUACUACUAUUAAUUAUAUAAGUAGUAGUAGUAGUAUGAGCAUUCCUAGUCCAUAUAAUUCUAUGAAAUCUAAAUUUUAUCCAUAUACUAUGAAUUCUUUCGCGUCAGCUGCUUAUCUUUAUCAUUGUCAUAAUUUACAUCAAUUUCGACAUAGGGAUGUAUUCAUUCGAUCAAUUCUGCCAAAACCAAUAUGGAUGAUUAUUGUAUUAGAUCAAGGUGAAGCAAGUCAAACUCAACUACUACUUGGUCAACGUGUUGCACAUUUACUAUUAAUGUCAUUAAGUGAAAAAGAUUAUAUCAACGUGUUACUUGUAUCAGACAAUGUUUCUCAUGGUUUGAGUACAGUUGAAAAUAAUAAUCCGACUCAAUUAAAUUUAUCAAUUCCAUCUGAGAUAUUAAAUAAUAAUUCAAGUGAGAAUCUGUUCAACAAUAAUCUACAGUGGAAUAAUGAAUCAUCGUAUGGGAUUGCACAUAAAGCUACUGAAGAAAUGAAAUUGUAUUUGGAUCAAUUUAUUCACAGUAUCAAUCGUCCAUUACCGAUUAAAACAAAUCAUAUUAAAGCAUUUAAACAUGCAUUUCAAACAAUUGUUUCAAAUUUGAAACAUUUCCGAAAUAAAAAUUUGUUAUCUGAUGAUAUCCCAGAACAUAUCAUGUUAGCCUAUAUAAGUCGUGGUUAUUUAACUGAUCUAACUGAAGCAUCAACAACUUUACUUAUUGUAUCGUAUUAUCAAAAUGUCUAUCUUAACAAUUCCGUCUACAUCAAUACAUAUAUGCCAAUUGAAGAGAAAAGUACUACAGUGUUAUUUGAACAAAAAUUUAUGAAAGAUUUAGCUACACGAUGGUCAGCUUACUCUACUACCCGUACAUCUUCUUCUUCUUCUUCCCAAUUCAAUCAACAUUUUCCACCGAAAAUAGGUCAUUUUUUCCCGAUUAAUCGUACAACUGAUUUAUCAGAUACAGUAGGAAGAUUCUAUGAAAUUUUUCUCAACUCAUCAUCAUCCUCAUCGUCAUCAUCAUCAUUCAAAACCAACGUAAAUCAUUCUAAAGAAACAACCAGCAAAUCUAGUAACACUUUUCUUACACCAACCAAUUUAUCAUUUAGUUCAGAUGAUGCAACUGUUGAAAUUGAAAAUAAUUCUAUUGAUCCUACUUCUACUACUACUCACACUACUACUACUACUACCAAGUCACCAUCAGAUGUAACUCAAUCCAAUACUGUCAAAUCAUUAUUUGAUCAUGUGAAAACUCAGCCGCCAAAUGAUGAAUUAUUAUUCCCUGUACAAUAUUCAUUACCUUAUUAUGAUUUAGAAGGUGGAGAUUUAAUUAUGACUAUAAGUCAAGCAUUUGUAGAUCAAGACAAAUUCAUCGGUGUCAUGGGUAUCGACGUACAUUUACUAGAUCUAGUUGAUAAUUUGUUACAUUUCUCAUCCGACACCAUUAAUGGUGGAGCUGGUAGUACAAUCGCCUUCUUAGUACAAACACCAGAUGGUUAUACUUUAUCACAUCCUGCAUUAAGUGAUACUUUGCUGAAACAUUCUCAUCAUCAAGCGCAUUAUAUCAAUAAUCACAAUCCGAAAUCUAUCAACACUAAUACUUAUGCAAUGAAAACAUUACAGCCAUGGAAACAUCAUUAUGUUGAUGAUGUAACCAUGAAUCAUACCGCACCAAUCCAUCAUCAUAAACCUUCUUGGAUUAUAAAUAGUCCCAGUGAUAGUAGUACUAUUGGUCGAUGUACAAAAAAUUGUGAAUUUCUGCCAAGAGUUGGCAAUUUUCAUAGGUCACUACCACAACAACGACAACACCAGUCUAUAUUAAAUCCAGAUAUUAGUAAAUUAGAAUGGAUACCUGGUUUUCAUUCCUUGGUUCGAAAUCGUAUAUUAAAUGAAUUCACUGGUGAAAUCAAUCUAUUGAUAACACUUGUACGUUGUCAGUUUUUAAUUGUUUUAAAAUUAACAUUUUAA